AACACAAACUCAUUACAUGUCGCAUUCACUUCAUAACACCAUACACAACACACACACCACACUCCAUCACACACACUCAUCCAUCGUUUCGCAUUCACAGAAAUUUCGCAAAAACAAUAAUGCCGCAGCCGUUGCCAAUUCAAAUAGCAUAUUUAGUCAGCGUGCCACCUCAAUACCGGGACACACCAGCAACACCGCAGCAAUGGCAUUCAAGCAGGGCUUGCCCACGGCCUCGUCCAUCUACCAAAGGAACAACAAUAGUCGACGUUUGCAACAUCAUAUGUCUUCGGCUGGUAUGCCGGGUGUAUUGGGUGGUAGUGGCGGUGGUGGUGUGAUUGGCGGUGAGAAGCCGCUAACCUUCUCCACCUCAAAAUCGACAACUGCAAAUGCAAAUGCCAGCAACAAUCAGCAUCAAUAUACAAAUUAUACAAAUUGCGACAACAACAAUAGGAAUAGUAGUUAUAAUGCCGGCGCUGCUUCGGCAGUUGCUUCAAACGCUGUUGUUGGCGGCACCGCAACUGUCACAGCCAGCAUUCCCAAUAGCAACGACAACAACAGUUUUAGUUACAAUAAUUCAUGCAACACAACAACAACAACGGCGGACGCCGAUGACAGCGACGAUUUGUUUAUGAUGAGCGAUAACACUACAACAACAACAACAACUAUUAAUUCAUAAAAAUCUUUUAAUUAUAAGGAAUCAUAUAUAAACACAUGCAUAUAUCUAAAUAUAUAUAGCCUAGCUUGUAAGGAUACUUAAAGCAGCGAGUCGAUGUGGUUCAUCUAACCACAAACAUUUGGGUGUAUACAAUUAUAUACGGCCUAUGGCUUAACUCCACAACUCAUUUAAACAUUUAAUUGCAACAAUUGGCAUAGCGUACAAGUUCAUUGUCUUUAAAUUACACAUACAUGCAUAAAUAUGCUGAUUUAUAAGGGAGAGGAAGCUUACAUUGGCGCAAACUCCGAAGAUUUGGCCAAGAGAUUUGGAUUUCGGACCCAACGACACUACAAGAGCGUUACACGCGGCACAUAACAUUCUAUAUAUGUACAUAUGUACAUACAACGGGCCCCGUUGCUGCUUUAAUUGGCUGAACGUCCUUUCCAACGUCGUACAUACCUACAUAUGUGUCUAUAUUUGGCCAAACAUUAUGCUAAGCAACAUUUUAAUCCUUCUCCUAGAUAGAACCUUCUACUACUAGUACUACUCUUAAGCAACUCUACAUGGAUAACAAUUCGCAAUAAUUGUUAUUUAACUCUUUUUUUUGCAGCGAUUUCGCAACGCAUACAGAAAGCGUAAGAAAGAUGCAAGCGCUGUGUUGCACCGUUUUGACAACAAAAACAAGUGAAUUUUUAUGUUAGGCUCUAUCUCACGACCGUAUAUGCUGACCACACAUACAACACAACUUGACUAUGGUUACAUACAUACAUACAAACGUAUUUACUCACAUACAAACUCUACUAGACAACAACAACAACUCAAAUUUCUGCGAAAGCAAACCUUUUUUACUACACUUUUGGAAGAAAAAAAUUAAAAACAAAAUGUUUCUUAACAAACAUUUAAUUUUUUACCAACAACCCACUACACGUGACCCACUCCUAUUUAUUUGAAUUAUUUUCCAAAUCCACUUUUCUUCACCACCACUUCCUCAUUACCAACAAACACACACACACACACUUCCUUAACGUUUUUAUGAAAUUCGACUCGUCUCAACUUUAAAACUUAAGCUCGUCUGUUAGUUGAAAUUAAAUUGAUACAAAAAUGCAAGUAUAUUGAAAGUGUUACUUAAUGCUGAAAAAAGCCGAAAAAACUAUGAAGCAACAAACAAAGAUGCGUAAGAAAGAAAGAAAACUGAAAAACAAAAACUGGAGAAAAAAGGUAAAGAAAAAAUUCAAUAAUCAUUACAAAAAAGUUUCAAAAUAUUUCCAAAUUACAUUUUAUCCAUAAUUUACAUUAAAUAAAAAAUAAAAUAAACCUAAAAAAGUUACAGAAAUAAAGCGCAAAAAAAAAAUAAAA